AAAAUAAAAUGAUAAAUAUAAAUAUUAUAUUAAAUAGUAAAUAGGUACUAUAAAAUACCUAUACGGCUAUACAGAGUACCUACAGAUCGUCAGAUCACAAUUCACAGAAUACAAUGUUUCAAGUUUUCGAAUUUCAACUAUAUAGUUACUACUGACUUAUAAAAAGUGUCUAACAUAACUAAUAAAUACCUAAAUUAUUCCGUUACUUACGUUAUUUAAUAAUUUUAAAAAUACAAAAUAUUUUAUAGAUUUAUAUGUUAUAUCUCAUAUAUUUUAUGUGGUAGCGUAUAAAUUAUUUGACUUCGGUUUAAUUUAAUUAAGCACACAUUACAAUUUUUAGUACACAUGAAUAAUCCAGGUUCUUUUGCUGAUGAAUUUCGCAGAGUAAAAGCAUCAGAACAUUAUGAAACAAUUAAUUCUGUUGGUAAACAUCAUAAUGUUUCAGAAGCCACUACUAAUCAACCUAGCACAAGUAGUGCAAAACAAUCUCCUAUGAAAUCUGCAUCUUUUUCAGGGGUUUUAGUCAACAACAAACAAAGAGGCAAUCCACUGCUUAAGUCUAUUGUUAAUGUGCCAUGGGAAUAUUCAGACAAUAUUUUACCUGACUAUGUAAUGGGACGUACGACAUGUGCACUAUUUUUAUCACUGCGUUAUCAUAUGCUAAAGCCUGACUAUAUAUACAACAGAGUGAAAUCCUUGGGUAAAUUAUAUGAACUACGAGUAUUAUUACUACAGAUUGAUGUUAAAGAGCCACAUACAGCCCUUAAACAAUUGACUAGAAUGUGUCUGGUAGCUGAACUUACAUUAAUGUUAGCUUGGAGUUCUGAAGAGGCAGGAAAACUCAUUGAAACUUAUAAAAUAUUUGAAAACAAGCCACCAGAUCUUAUAAUGGAGAAAGCAGAACCAGAUGACUAUUCCAGAGUAGCCAAUGCACUUACAACUAUUCGUGCUGUAAAUAAAACUGAUGCAGCAUUGUUAUUAUCUACGUUUGGUUCAUUGGAAAAUAUUUGUAAAGCUUCUCAAACAGCUUUGGCAUUAUGUCCUGGGUUUGCUCAACAUAAAGCAACACAGUUAUAUAAUACUCUUCAUAAACCUUUCCUGAAACAAAAAACUAAUGAAGAAGAUUCACAGUUAAAAAAAUAAUGCUUAUAUUAUAAUGUGAUGUUAUCAUGUUUGUGCAUUUUUGUUUUAAUAACUGAUAUUUACUAUUAAUUUUGCAUCCCAUACAAUUAUACAAAUUUUACAUGAUCUAUAAAUGGUAGAGUACCCAAAAAUUUUAAUUGGAAUGAGGGUUUAUUAAAAAAGAUCUCCAUUAAGCUACUACUCCUCGUUUAACUUUUUGCAUGAGUGAUGGUUGAUACCAGAAGAAAGAGUGUGUAUCCCUCACCACUCACUUAGCAUACACCUGGCUAUAAAUAUUUAAGUGUUUGUAUUUUCAUUAUUUAUGUUGUUGUCAAUGGUAUUACUUAUUUUUUUAAUUAAUGUUUCUAUAUCAUACAGUAA